GCUCCCAGCCUAAGUUUGCAGACUCCGCACAGCAAGUUUCAGGACGCCCUCACCACCUUAAGCUCACCAUGUCUCUCCUCCACAUUGUUUUCACCUUGCUCUUGUACAUGCGCAUCCCAGCAGGUUCUGCUGCGACGGAUACCAUUUUGGCUGGCCAAGCACUUUCUGUCCACGACAAGCUCGUCUCCAAGAAUGGCAGGUACGCGCUUGGCUUCUUCAAACCAAACAGUAGCAAAUCAUCUCAGGACACUACCAACUGGUACCUCGGCAUAUGGUUCAAUACAGUUCCCAAAUUUACUUCAGCAUGGGUUGCAAAUAGGGAUAAACCGGUCAAUAACACCACCUCACUAGAGCUCACAAUCUCCCAGGAUGGGAACCUUGUCAUCUUUAACCGGUCCACCAAGUCCAUAAUCUGGUCUACACAAGCAAACAUCACAACAAAUAGUACCACCGCUGUGUUGUUGAGUAAUGGAAAUCUUAUCCUCACAAACUCUUCAAAUUCAUCAGAGGUUCUAUGGCAGAGCUUUGAUCACCCCACAGAUACAUUUUUCCCCGGGGCGAAGCUUGGAUGGGACAAGGUCACCGGCCUGAAUCGCCAUUUUAUUUCUUGGAAAAACUCGAUUGACCCAGCUGCCGGUGGUUACCGCUAUGAGUUAGACCCCGGUAUUGGUGUCAACCAGUUAUUGCUUGUGGCAUUGAACUCAUCCACGCCAUAUUGGUCCAGCGGUACAUGGAAUGGAAAAUACUUUUCCCCAAUUCCAGAGAUGACAGGCCGCCAUGCUAUUAGUGCAAAGUUUGUUGACAAUGAGCACGAGAAGUACUUCACAUACAAUUUACUAGAGGAAUAUAUGGACCCAAAUAUGCUUACUCGUCAUGUAAUUGACAUCUCAGGUCAAAUAAAGACAUUCACUUGGGUGAAGGGCUCACAGGACUGGGUACUGAUGAAUGCCCAACCAAAAGCUCAAUGUGAUGUCUAUGCAGUUUGUGGACCUUUCACAAUUUGCACUGACAAUGAUUUUCCACAUUGCAUUUGUAUGGUGGGCUUCACCAUAACAUCCCCCAAGAACUGGGAGCUAGAAGACCGAGCAGAUGGGUGCUCGAGAAAUACUCAACUAGACAACUGCAUUAGGAACGCAAGCACAAAGCAUAUGACAGACAAGUUCUACUGUGAGCCAUGUGUUAGGCUGCCCCAGAAUGCCCGAGAAGUCGAACCUACUAAAAGCUCGGGUGAGUGCGCACAAAUUUGCCUGAAUAAUUGCUCUUGCACUGCGUACUCCUUUGGUGACAGUGGAUGUUCCAUGUGGCAUAAUGAAUUGCUCAACAUAAGACAACUAGAAUGCAGUGACUCAACCAAUUCAAAUGGAGAAACUCUUUGCCUUCGUCUUUCUGCUAAAGAUGUACAAAGUUUGAAAUACAACAGAAGGGGGAUUGCUAUUGGAGUUGUAACGGGUACAUCCAUUUGUGCUCUAGGCAUAUUUGCACUCAUACUGUUACUAAUGAUUUGGACAAACAAAAAGAACAACUCUGGUCUCAUACUGAAUGGUUCUACAGGUUGUAAUGGAAUCAUUGCAUUUAGAUACAAAGAUCUACAGCGAGCAACAAAAAAAUUCACAGAUAAGUUGGGGGCAGGUAGUUUUGGUUCUGUAUUCAAGGGGUUUAUUAGUGACUCAAAUGCCAUAGCAGUUAAGAGGCUUGAUGGUGUUUAUCAAGGAGAGAAGCAAUUCAGAGCUGAAGUGAGCUCAAUUGGAGCUAUCCAGCACAUCAAUUUAGUUAAGCUUGUUGGUUUCUGUUGCGAGGAUGCUAAGAGGCUGCUUGUUUAUGAAUACAUGUCAAAUCGCUCUCUUGAUGUCCAUCUAUUUCGAAGCAAUUCUACAGUGUUAAAUUGGGCUGCUAGGUAUCAGAUAGCCCUGGGAGUUGCAAGAGGGUUAGCCUACUUGCAUGACAGCUGUCGAGACUACAUCAUACACUGUGAUAUCAAACCAGAAAACAUACUUCUUGAUGCUUCAUUCCUUCCAAAAAUUGCAGACUUUGGGAUGGCAAAGCUUUUAGGAAGGGAUUUUAGCCGAGUAUUGACAACGAUGAGAGGGACUGUAGGGUACCUUGCACCUGAAUGGCUUACUGGUGUUGCUAUUACACCAAAAGUUGAUGUUUAUAGCUACGGGAUGGUGGUGCUGGAAAUUAUUUCUGGAAGGAGAAACACAUGUGGACCAUUUUCUAGCAAUGGCGGCAACAUUGAUGUUUAUUUCCCUGUGCAUGCUGCACAUAAGCUUCUUGAAGGAGACGUGGGGAGUUUGGUAGAUCACAUGUUACAUGGUGAUGUCAAUCUGGAUGAGGCUGAACUGGCUUGCAAGGUUGCAUGUUGGUGCAUCCAAGAUCAUGAGCUUGAUCGACCAACAAUGGCAGAGGUAGUUCAGAUUCUCGAAGGGAUAGUUGAGGUCAGGAUGGCCCCAAUACCAAGACUGCUCCAAGCAAUGGCUGGAAGCUCGCGUUCAACCUGCUCCUAAUGUUUGUGCUUCUUGGGAAACUAGCUGGCUGAGCGUCUGCAUGUUAUAUUAUACUGUAUGUGUACACCUAAGACUAUAGCUGUAUUUAUUAUACAAAUGUAAUGCUUCUGAUUGAAGGAAUAGUUGUACUUUGUAUGAAGUAUUAAAUUUGUAACAGUCUCAAUCUACCCUCAAUGCAUCAUUAUAAUCAGGAGUUA